CACCCCGCGUGUGAGAUACAUUCUUGCCUCAGUCCACAUCCUAUCCUGCCCGGCCGGGCGCCAUCCAGGUAUGGUCCGCGGGAGGCGGAAGGCUGGCUUCCUCUCGUCCGCCGUCGCAUCCUAUCCGUCCCGCCCCGCGCCAUCCAGGUGACAUGGAGGAAGAAAGAAUAAGUGUUGGGUUACAGAAAAGUAUGAUGCAGGACUCGGUGACCUUUGAGGAUGUGGCUGUGGACUUUACCCAGCAGGAGUGGGCUUUGCUGGAUCUUGCUCAGAGGAGCCUCUACAGAGAUGUGAUGCUGGAAACCUUCCAGAACCUGGUCUCACUAGGAUACUCAGUACUCACACCCAAUCUGAUCUCCCAGUGGGAACAAGAGGAGGAACUGCAGACAGUGAAGACAGAACGUAUCCAGGGCAUCUGUAUGGAGCAGCACCAGGAAGGGUUUGAGUCUCUACUUAAUACUAAGGAAUUAGUUGCUCUUCAAGACAACAAUGGAGAAAAACCAUAUGAAUGUAAGGAAUGUAUAAAGGCCUUCAGUUGUUCCUCCAUGUUCAGAGCACAUAUGAAAAUUCAUAGUGAAAAGGCAAACUAUGAAUGUAAGGAAUGUGGGAAAACCUUCAGUAGUUCUUCCCACCUCACAGAACACAAAAGAAUUCACAAUGGAGAUAAGCCCUAUGAAUGUAAGGAAUGUGGGAAGGCCUUUAGUUGUUCCUCAUCACUCUCCAAACACAAAAGAAUUCAUAGUGGAGAUAAGCCAUAUGAAUGUAAGGAAUGUGGGAAGGCCUUUAGCUCUUCCUCUCAUCUUAAAAGACAUAUAAGAAUUCACACAGGAGAGAAGCCUUAUGAAUGUAAAGAGUGUGUGAAGGCCUUCAGUGAAUCCUCAAAACUCACUGUGCAUGUGAGGACACACACCGGAGAGAAACCCUAUAAAUGUAAGUUAUGUGGGAAAGCCUACUGUCUUCCCACUUUCCUGAACACACAUGUGAAAAAUCAAAGUAGAGAGAAACCCUAUGAAUGUAAGGAAUGUGGGAAGGCCUUCAGUUGUCCCUCUUCCUUUAAUGCACACGUGAGAGAUCACAAUGGUAAGGUGCAAUAUGAAUGUAAGGAGUGUGGGAAGGCCUAUCGUCAUUCCUCAUCCCUCACUGAACACCUAAGAACUCACAGUGGAGAAAAGCCUUAUGAGUGUAAGGAAUGUGGGAAGGCAUUUCGACAUUCUUCAUCCCUUACUAUACAUGCAAGACUGCAUACUGGAGAAAAACCCUUUGAAUGUCUGGAGUGUGGAAGAGUUUUCCGUACUCCCUCAUCCUUUGGGAUACAUGUGAGAAGCCAUACUGGAGAGAAACCAUAUGAAUGUAAGGAAUGUGGGAAAGCCUUCAGUAGUUCUUCCCAUCUUACAGUACAUAGAAGAACUCACACUGGAGAGAAACCUUAUGAAUGUAAAAAAUGUGGGAAAGCCUUUAUUCGUUUCUCAGGUCUUAGUAGCCACUUGAGAACUCACACUGAGGAAAAACCCUAUGAAUGUAAGGAAUGUGGGAAGGCAUUUCGACAUUCUUCAUACCUUACUAUACAUACAAGAAUGCACACUGGAGAAAAACCCUUUGAAUGUCUGGAGUGUGGAAGAGCUUUCAGUUGUCCCUCAUCCUUUCGGAGACAUGUGAGAAUCCAUACUGGAGAUAAACCAUAUGAAUGUAAGGAAUGUGGGAAAGCCUUCAUUAGUUCUUCCUAUCUUACAGUACAUAGAAGAACUCACACUGGAGAGAAACCUUAUGAAUGUAAAAAAUGUGGGAAAGCCUUUAUUCGUUUCUCAGCUCUUAGUAUCCACAUGAGAUCCCACACUGAGGAAAAACCCUAUGAAUGUAAGGAAUGUGGGAAGGCAUUUCGACAUUCUUCAUCCCUUACUAUACAUUCAAGACUGCAUACUGGAGAAAAACCCUUUGAAUGUCUGGAGUGUGGAAGAGCUUUCCGUUCUCCCUCAUCCUUUGGGAUACAUGUGAGAAGCCAUACUGGAGAGAAACCAUAUGAAUGUAAGGAAUGUGGGAAAGCCUUCAGUAGUUCUUCCCAUCUUACAGUACAUAGAAGAACUCACACUGGAGAGAAACCUUAUGAAUGUAAAAAAUGUGGCAAAGCCUUUAUUCGUUUCUCAGCUCUUAGAAGCCACAUGAGAAUCCACACUGAGGAAAAACCCUAUGAAUGAAAGGGAUGUGGGAAGGCAUUUUGACAUUCUUCAUCCCUGACUAUACAUGCUAGAAUGCACACUGGAGAAAAACCCUUUGAAUGUCUGGAGUGUUGAAGAGCUUUCAUUUCCCCCUCAUCCUUUGGGAUACAUGUGAGAAGCUAUACUGGAGGGAAACCAUAUUAAUGUAAGGAAUGUGGCAAAGCCUUUAUUUGUACAGCCUACUUUCGAAGACGUGAAAAUUCACACAAGGGACAACAUAUAAAUGUAAGGAGUAAGGGAAUCUCUGCAAGACUUUUUCUGAACUAAUGCAAUUUGUGUAGUCUCAUUUUGUGAAGUCUCAUACUGUAGAGACAUUGUAAAUGUGAGAAAGUAGAAGAUUAUCACUCAUUCUUUUGAAUGGUUGAGGACAACAGCGAGAAACCCUGUGUUUGUUAGCUAUAUGGUAAAGCCUUUUGAUUUUGAACAUAAUUUGUGCCACAGUCUGGCUGGGCUGUGCAAAGUAGCCGGUGGGCGGGGGGGGGGGCGACAAGCAACUUGUGAAGGUGGAAACAGCGGGAGCCACUGUGUUCAGACCAGCAGAGGUAUAUAUACCCAAGUAAAUACAGACAGCUUAUCUCAAUUAAUAUCAUCCAGUUACAGCAAUCAGUCAUUAAGGAAUCUUCACCAUCUUAAUAAUUAGACACAGCUUAACUCCAUUAACAUCAUCUAGAUACAGCAGUCAGUCAUUAAGGAAUCCGCAUCAUCUUAGUAGCUCGCUGGCGUUACUUCUCAAACCACUCCUCCUGGCAAAGUGCCAGAUGCCAUCUUGACUUGGCUGUGGCUCUCAACACUUGUAUAAGAAAAUUCAAAAUUUGAGCUAGAAAAGAACAUCAGUGCCUCAUUAAAGUGGACUUCUAGAGGUCAUUGAUUUCCAAUGUUUUCUAAUAGGAAGAUUUAAUGUUACAUGGUUCCCUUUUCAACUUUUAUGACAUACUUUUGAGUAUGAGGUGAGUUUCUUUUGCUGAGAUGUAAAUGUUAUUUCCAUUACUAAGGCUUUUGGACUCUUGGGAGAUUGUGUGUGUACGUGUGUGUAUACUUCUCCUCUGAGACAGGGUCUGGCUAUGUUGUCCAGGCCUGUAACUCCUGGACUUCUGCCUUAGCUUCCUAAGUUUGGGAGUGCAAGCAUAUAUCACUGAGUCUGGCUCAAGUGCAUUUUUUUUUUUUUUUGGGCAGGCAGGAAAAUGGUGUUUUUUUUUUUUUUUUUUUUUAAUUGUUUAAGUUUGAACUCAUAGCAUGGGCACCUUCUUCGUCUUCGUCUUUGCCUUCGCCUUCUUCUUCUUCGUUGUCUUCAUCUUAGUCUUUUCCUUCGCCUUUGUCUGGAUACUGAAAGUUGCAUACCCAAUAAUUCCCCCCUUCCUGUUAAACUAAGAGUACCAACUGUUUUUGAGAAUAUUAGUGUUUACUAUCAAAAGCUUUUCAUGUGUAAUAAAAAAGUUUUAGUAGAAAUUAAUUAGUACAAAGGCGUUGAAAGAUUAUAGUCUCAUCUAUUUGCUGUUUUGUGUUUUAUUCUUUAUGUUUGUUCAUGACUGGAAUCUUUUUUAAUUUAAAUUUUUUAAGUUGUUGAUGGAUCUUUAUUUUAUUUAUUUAUAUGUGGUGGUGAGGAUCGAACCCAGUGUCUCAUACACGCUAGGUAAGUACUUGACUACUGAGCUACAACCCCAGCCCUCAUGGAUGGAAUUUUGAUCUAAUGUUUUAAGUUAAUAAAGUGUGUUAUAUUAAUUUGGAUAUAGCUGAGGACUACAUUUCCCUUAAUCACUUCUAAUCCUAGGUGAUAGUUUUCUAAAAUAACUUUGCAAGAAGUUUGAAAGGCUUUAGGGAAGGAGCUACAAUUGCCUGCUUAUUAGGACCACGAUAUAGGUAGACAGAUGAGUAGGGACCUUGUGGGCCCCAGUUUUCAGCUCAUUUUUCUGAGUAUUGAACGCCCUGAUCCAUACUUGCUCAAAACUGAAUGUUAAGUGCUUGACCUCAGUCUCCUCAGGGGCUGCACCUCCACAAAUGUCUCCAUUAACUGCUGUAUCCUGGCCAAACACAACUUAGAUUUCUUUGGCAAGCUCUGGUGUUGCCAUUUUGGCAUUUUUGCUUCUCAUUGCAGUUCCUCUGGCACUUUCACUGCCCUGUUAGAGUUGACCAGUUUGUGGAAGGAUUGUCAUCAUGCUCACAGUUCAGUCCCAUCCUUCACUCUGCUUAUGGGAUUGAUGUCUAUACAAGCCUACCGUGGUCCCAAAAGUGAGUAGAGCUGUGGCUAAUGACGUUAUCCUGACUGUAAUUGAGGCAAGCCUCAGAUAGGCGUCAUCCUAUUUUGGUAGAGGAGGAUUUAUAUUUGAUACCUUCAGACAGGGAAGAUUUUACUGCCUUUAUGUGAGAAGAGGAGUGCUAUGAGCUGUUUCAGGUAUAUUUUGCUACCUCCUCCCCUUUUUUAAAGCAUUGUAUUUUAAGGGGUGGUGUUGUGGCUCAGUGGUAGAGCAUUUGCCUAUCAUGUAUGAGGCACUGUGUUCGAUUCUCAGCAUGGCAUAUAAAUAAAUGAACAAAAUAAAGGUCUAUUAACAACUAAAUAUAUUUUUGAAAAUUAUAUUUUAUCUCUUAAAAGCAUAACUAUAUCAUUUCCCUUAAUCAGUUUUUACUGUUUAUCAAGGUAUACAUACACUAAUGUGCAAGCUGUGUACAGCUUGAUGUAAUUUGACAUAGAUGUAUACAUCCUGCUAGACACAUUUCCAGGAUUCCAGGAAGUUUUCUCAAUAGUCACUCCACAGAGGAAAUUGGAUUUUGACUCUUAUUAUGCUUGAUUUGGUGUGCUUUUUCUCACUUUUCAAAUAAGUGCUAAAACUACAAUAUAUACUGUUACCUGUUUGGCUUCUUUUACUCAAGAUAAUGUCUGGUUUGUCACUUGGUUGCUCUUAUUUCUCUUGGUAUAUGCUGUAUAUGGGGAAUGCAAUUGCUGAAUGAUAAGGUAGACUUCAAGUGUAGUUUUGGUAUAUACUUUAGAUUUUCAAAAAUGUGGGUUCCACCAGUAAGUCCCCAACAGUGCAUGUGAGUGUUGGCUAUUCCGCAUACUGGGCCCACACUUUCUAACUUUAGCUCUUCAGCAGAGUGUGUGGUGAUAUGUUUUUUUUGUUGUUGAAAUAUGCAUUUUCCUGUUAUGUCAUGAUUUUGAGUACUUUUUGGUGUGCUUAUUGGUUAUUUGGAUAUCUUUAUUAGGCUAACUUUUGAAGCAUUUCACCCAUUUUCAUUUCCUUUUUUCUUUUGAAGUGUUUCCUUGCUGCAAAAAUGUCCUUGGCUAUAACUAAGCUUUAAUCUGGAUUUUGAGGCUAAAAGAUGUGCUUUUGUCUGUCUCCGUGUCUUGGCUGUGCAUCCUUUUGCAUUGUCCUUUCUUCCAGCUGGGAUAUUUUCUUCACAAUAGGCUUCAGAAGUUCUGUGCUGCUUUCUUCCCAAGAUAAUGCUUCAGGGAGAAGAGUGACAUCUUUUUUGAACAGUUCCAAUAUAAUUAUCAAAAUGGAAUCUGAGGAGGGGAGGGUGGAUAGUAGAGGAUAGGAAAGGCAACAGAAUACUAUAGACACUAGUAUGGCAGUAUGUAAAAACGUGGAUGUGUAACCGAUGUGAUUCUGCAAUCUGUAUAUGGGGUAAAAAUGGGAGUUCAUAACCCACUUGAAUCAAAUGUAUGAAAUAUGAUAUGUCAAGAGCUAUGUAAUGUUUUGAACAACUAAUAAUAAAAAAAAUGUAAAAAAAAAUGGAAUCUGAUUAAUGGCUUAUUUUGUCCACCAUGGCCUUGGGAAUGUGAAUACUCUGAUUUGUUUAGGACCAGCUCCCAGUUUCUCAUUGAGAAACUUAGGUUAGAAUUUGUACCCCUAAAUCAUAGAGCCUUGGCAGUAAUGAUGCACAUGGAGCGGAGAGAGAGGCAGCUGUGAGUAGGUGGGGUCUCAAAAUAGGGGCAAUAUUGCACCUUAUGCUGACUUCGGGAAAUACAAAGUCUGGGAACUUACCCAGUGUUUGUUCCUAGAAAUCCUUUUAGAAUGUCAGAUGCCAUAUGUCUUUUAGAUUGCUAAAAAUUGCUCUCAGUCUUUACAGAACAUAAAAAUAAGUAGAGAUCUGAGUGUUAUUUAUGAAGUAUUUGCCUAGACCAAGAUAAUGAAUAUAUUUUAUGUUUUCUUCUAGACCCUUCAUUGUUUGACUUAUUGUAUUCAGGUUGGUGAUCCAUUUUAAGUAUUUUUGUUUGUUUGUUUGAUAGGGUGUGAGGUAGGAUGCCGGUGUAUGUGUACAGAUUUAUCCACUAGAUCAUGUGUUCGCUCCGUUUAGGUAGGCAAUUUAUGUCUUUUGAUUUGUUUGUCUUUCCUUGCAGCAGCAGCAUACUAUCUUAAUUUGCAUUGCUUUGUAGUAUUUUUGGAAAUCUAGUAAUAAAUUCUAAUUUUAGAAUUUAUUAAUUUUUAUAAAAUAGUCAGGGUCCAUUUUAUAGAAUAACCUAAGGAAAAAUGACAUCUUUACAGAAUUGCAUCUUUCAAUUGAUGAACAUGAUGCAACAAUCCAUUUACCUUGGUUGUCUUUAACUUUUCUGAAGGUGUUUUGUAGUUUAAUUGUAGAGGUCUUGAAUGCCUUUGUUUAAUUUAUUUCUAGAUACGUGGUGUGUUUUGCUUGGUAAUUUUUUUUUUUUUUUUAUUUCUAAUUUUUGAAUUAGUACAUACCUUUGCAAUAUCUUUUUCUUACAUCAGCUUUAUAGCUAGUGACAGAAAUUUAACUCACUCAAGUAAUUCUCACCUGGUUUGUAAAACUUUUAUUUAUUUUUCUUGUCUUAUUUAAUGAAUAGAGGUCAUGAAAAUGAAUAUCUUUUCCUUGUUCCUGUAUGAAAGAGUAUUCAACAUCUCACCAUUAAAUAUAAUGCUACUUUUAAAUUUUCAUAGAUAACUUUUAUCAAAUUAAGGGAAUUCUGUUUUGUUCCUGGAUUGUCAAAUGUUUUUAAAAAUCACAAAUUGAUAUUGGAUUUUAUCCAGUGCCUUUUCUGCAUGUAUCAGGGUCUUUAAAAAAUCCUUAAUUCUGUUAACAAAAUGAACUAUACAUUCUUUGAUUUUCAGAUGGUAAAACAACAUGUAUUACUGGAAUCAAUUAAAUUUGUACAUAUUGGUCUAUUAGCCUUUUCAUUUUGCUAGGUUCAACAUGCUAGUUUAAAAAAUGAUGUCUGUAUUUAUAUUGGUGUUUGUUUUAUGAUUUAUCAAAAUAUAUAUAUGAUUGUU